AUGGCACGAUUUAUCUACAACGCCACGAUGUGGUCUUCGAUAGCUUUCGGCAUAUUGCCCUUCGGCUAUAAUGGGAAACUACAAAAAAUCUCUCCAUCCAAAUAUAGUUUGGCCUACAGUGUUUGUGUGAAUGUGCUCCAGGUCGUGGUAUCUAUUCCCGCUUUGCCCACCGAAGAUUUCCUUAAUAUCAAUGUAGUGAAACGUAAUAAAUGGAUGGACUUGCUCACGAGAGUUAUCACAAUUGCGAAUAUUUAUACGCUGCUAGUUAUCGUCUAUAUAAAUUGGCGUCAUUAUAAAUCGGUAUUGAAUAUUUUCAAUGAAUUCGCUGACAUUGAAUGUCAGUAUUUUGCAAAAUACGGUCUUUUAGCGUGGAAAUGUAGUGCUUACGAAAAAUAUAUAAUUUUGAAAGGUCUGGCAACGCUAUUGCGAAAUCUCUCCUUCAUUUACUUUUUAAGCGGAUUGGCUAAAGUUGUUACUUGGAACAUUUUAUUGGUGCUGGCGCUCGCCCUUUUGCUGGGCAAUCGGCGUUUGGAAUACUUGUCUGAGCAUGAUGUUGUACACACGCACAGCCGGCAGUUAGCGAAUGAAGUGUAUGAGAUCAUCGGCAUUUAUUUGCGGUUGAUAAAAAUUUCCAAAUGUUUUGGUCGCAUUUAUGGCAAACAAUUGCUAUUCAGCUUUGCCAUCAUAGCGUGUGGGAAUAUACAGGCAUUGUACUACCUAGGCUUGCUGUGGGCCGAUCAAUUUGUGGGGUUGUCCCUUUUAGAGAUAUUCAAUGUCUUGCAUGGCGUUUCUGUGAACAUUUUUGACUUUUGGCUUACAAUUACUGUUUGUGAACAGGCUCUAGGGAUGCCAAAGGAAGUGACACAGCUGCUGAGACGUUUCACCAUUGUUGCCGAACUCGACGUGGAAUUUGAGAAAAGUUUGGAAAUUUUGUCGGUGGUCAGCAAGACUCAUAAACUGGAGAUACGUUUGUGCGGCAUAAUCGAGUUGAAUCACUUAAUGGGCCUAAAAGCUCUGCUGACAAUGACUUUGUAUUUGAUUUAUUUGGUGCAAUUUAGUUAUAAUGACUUUUGA